AAAAUCAUUUCCAGUCCAAGUCAUGUUAAUGGUAAGAUGUGGGACAAGAACUGGUUCUGUCAAGUCAAGCAUUUUUGAAAGAACAAAUCUCAGUGGAUUGAGGUCUGUUGCAUCGGACCAUAAUUAUUCUGUUAUUCUGAUGAGCAGAAAACUGCAUCAACCCAUUCUGUAAGCAUUUGACCUACUUUGAAGACACAAUAUGAUCUUCAUUCAUGCUGAAAAACUACAUUUAGUUUUUUAUUUGUCAAUAGGUCUACUGAGCCUAUCACUGCUUACAGAAUGUGAUAAAAUUAGACUGGUCGGGCCUUCGCGUUGCUCUGGUAGAGUGGAGAUCUACCAUAGAGACAGUUGGGGAACGGUGUGUGAUGAUCAGUGGAGCAUUGCCAACUCUGACGUGGUGUGUCGAGAGUUAAGCUGUGGGACAGUUCUUGAGGCCAAAAAAGGUGCCUUUUUCGGAGGGGGAAAGGACCAGAUCUGGCUGGAUGAUGUGCAGUGUACUGGUCAUGAGGCUUCCAUCCUCAAGUGCACACAUAGACCAUUCGGGGAAAAUAACUGUGGCCACGGUGAAGAUGCUGGUGUUAUCUGUUCAGACUACGUGAGGGUGGUCAACGGAAGCAAUCGGUGUAAUGGCAGAGUGGAAGUCUACCUUGAUGGCCACUGGAAACGAUUAUGCAGCAGUGACUGGGGCGAGGAAGAAGCUGAGGUGUUGUGCCGAGAGGUCAACUGUGGCACUCCUGUCAUUCACGCUGAAGCGCCAUAUUUUGGACAGGCACAUGACCUGGCUGGAGUUAAAGCCACCUGUUUUGGAAAUGAGAGCUCUCUCUCACAGUGCACACUUCAAGGUUUCAAGGAAAGCUGUCUUGAUGCUACUGUUGUCUGUACAAACAGUAAACCAAUUCGGCUGAUGAAUGGGACUAAUCGGUGCACUGGCCGAGUGGAAGUCUACCAUGAUGGACAGUGGGGAACAGUUUGUGAUGACAGAUGGGGCAUGCAGGAAGCAGCUGUCGCAUGCCGAGAGAUGAAUUGUGGGAAUGCUCUUGAAGUCAGGUACAAGGCCUUCUUCGGCAGAGGUCGGGAUCAGGUUUGGUUGGACGAUGUUGAGUGUACUGGUCAUGAGAAAUCCCUUGCUGACUGCCCGCACAGAGGUUUUGGAGAACAUGAUUGUGACCACAAUGAAGAUGCUGGUCUUAUAUGCUCAGAUACAGUCAGAUUGGUAAAUGGGACUGACCGCUGCUCUGGCAGAGUGGAGGUCUUCCACAAUGACCAAUGGGGGAAACUUUGUAAGAAUAACUGGGGUCCAGAAGAGGCUACAGUGGUGUGUAAGGAGCUCAGUUGCGGACAUCCAAAAAAAUCCCAAGAAAGCUUCAAUUUUGGUGAGAGCGGACUGAGAGGCUAUACAAGUAGAUGCUCUGGCAAUGUGAGCUCUAUCUCCCAGUGCACACUUCAAGAAAACACAGGGAGAUGUGAAGGUGUUUCUCUUUCAUGUGCAGGUAAUCCACCGCUAAGGCUUGUCAAUGGCACUGACCGAUGCUCUGGUAGAGUGGAGGUUCUACAUGACGGCCAGUGGGGAACUGUGUGUGAUGAUGAGUGGGACAUCAGAGAUGCUCAGGUGGUGUGCAGAGCCAUGGACUGUGGAACAGCUCAGACAGCCAAAUCUGGUGCCUUCUUUGGUCAAGGCCUCGGCGACAUCUGGCUGGAUGAUGUCGGCUGUGUCGGCAAUGAGACGUCCCUUUUGCACUGCCAACAUCCCACACUCGGAGAAAAUAACUGUGGCCAUGGUGAAGAUGCCAGCGUGGUGUGCUCAGCUACCAUUAGACUGAUUAAUGGGACUGACCAGUGCUCAGGCAGGGUGGAGUUCCACCAUGGUGGCCGCUGGUCACCAGCAUAUAAUGUUAACUGGGGAAUGAAUGAAGCUGCAGUGGUGUGCAGAGAGAUGAAUUGUGGAGAUCCUGUCAAGUUCUCAGGAUCAUUUGGUCAAGACGGAGAAUUGACAGGGUAUAAGGUCAGUUGUGGAGGUAGAGAGAGCGCUCUCACACAGUGCACACUGACGGAAUAUACCUCGACCAGUCACAAUCGUAUUGAAGUGGCAGCUGUUGAAUGUUCAGGCAAUGUGAAGCUGACCGGUGGGCACAGUCGUUGUAUUGGAAGAGUGGAGUACUAUGACAAAGGCGAGUGGGGGACUGUGUGUGGUGAAUCCUGGGAUGUGAAUGAUGCAACGGUGGUUUGCAGACAGCUGGACUGUGGGAAGGCUCAUACGAUUACCACCAUCGCUGAGUAUGGCCAUAGCACAGGACGGACCUGGAUUGAUCAAAUUGAAUGCAAUGGAUUGGAGUCAACACUGGCUCAGUGCACACAAAGACCAUUUAGAGACAAAACUUGCAACACCACCUCAGUUGCUGGUGUUGUCUGCACAGGAGGUUUGGAGGUCCGGUUGGCUAAUAGUAAGGAUGAGUGCUCUGGCAGAGUAGAGGUCCGUCAUGGUGAUGUGUGGCAAACGGUGUGUGACACAGACUGGACCCAGAGUAAAGCUCAGGUGGUGUGUGAGGUGCUGGAAUGCGGACAUGCAUUGAAUGCUCCCGGCGGUGCCCAUUUUGGCCAAGGCAGUGGCUCAGUAGUGGAGGCUAGCGAUUCAUGCUUUGACAAUGUGACAUCUCUUCAGCAAUGCUCACUCAAAGGUUUCCGAAGUGCAAGCUGUGGGCAUGAACAUGAUGCUGGUGCUUUCUGUGCAGCACACCUUCGGUUGGUCAGCGGCUCAGGUCAGUGCUCCGGAAGAGUGGAGCUCCUCUACAAAAGCCAGUGGGGAACUGUGUGUGACGAUGAAUGGAACCUGAGCAAUGCCGAUGUGGUAUGUAGACAGCUUGGCUGCGGUCAUGCAGUUUCUGCUCCCACAAGUGCCCACUUUGGUAGAGGCACUGGUCCAAUAUGGCUGGAUAAUGUGGAGUGUACAGGCCAAGAGUCUGCUCUCACACACUGUAGGCAUCCCGGUUUUGGAGAAAAUAACUGCGGGCAUGGUGAAGAUGCUAGCGUUAUCUGUUUAGGUGCUCUAGAGAAGCCCCAAAUCACUUUGAGUCCUGCUCCAGAGGUUAACUGGGGUGACAGAGUUGAAAUCACCUGCACUGUAGUAUCAGAAUACUUGGGUGGGACAUUCGUCCUGAAAAAGACAGAAGGAUCAUUUAAAAUGGAAAAAUUCUCUGACCACGAAGCUGUAACCUUUACCUUCCAAGCAGUGGACUUCAGCCAAAAGGGGUCAUACUUCUGUGAAUAUCAAAAGAAAUUGGCCAAUCAAGUCAUAUAUUAUCCUCAAGGAAAUACUGCUGAGCUCUCUGUCACAGUGAAAUUGGAGACGCCCAGGAUCUCCCUGUCAUCUCCUCAUGCAAUGGUGAUCUACAGCCCAGACAAAAUAUCGGUCACCCAAGGCAGCAGCUUCUCCAUCACUUGCUCUACUCAUUCCAGAUAUCCUGGAGGUUUCUUCUAUCUGACAAAGUCAAACAUGAGCACCACUGAAGCGAAGUCAGCAUUUGGCCACUCUAUCUUCUACAUGGCAUACUUUGAAUUCCCUGCAAUUGAUUAUGAACACCAAGGAGAGUAUACCUGUGUCUACAGUGUUAACAUCUCCUCUGUCCCCUUCUGUUCUGUUCCCUCGAAGUCACUCCAAGUCAGUGUAGUCGCAGCCUCAUCCUCUUCAGUUGUCUCAGGAGUUUUGGGAGGGUUAGUGGUGUUGCUACUCGUGCUGGUUAUAUGUUACUUGGUCUGGAGAAGGAGAAGACAGGGUGCUGGAGCCAUGGUUCUGUUUAGUAACAGGUUUGGAGGAACAAUAAAACAAGAUGUAGAAGAAAGAAGCAAUGGAGCAUUCGAUGGAAGAGACCGCAAUACUGCGAAUGAGCAUGGACACAGUCAUCGCCUGGAAGACAAGAAGGCUGAUGUUGAUUCUGAUAACUCUGUUGAGAGGGUCCCUGAAGACCUGGCUGGGAGGGUGUGUUAUGAGCUUGAACCACUUGUUCUCUCAUGACAACAAAAUGACUCAAUGAAUAACCUAUGUCAUGUAAUUUCACUAAAUUUAAAGAGCAACAUAACACUGAGCUACAAAACAGGCUUUUACUGCUCUUUGGUUGAAAGCUUCUUUUUUGUUUCUCUGGAGUACACUUCUACAUCACAGCAGUAAAGUAAGAAGUUAAACCACUGGAGGUCAGCAAAAAACAAAAUAUUCAGCUGAUGCUCAGUUGCUCUUUAAGGCAGACCAAAGGAACAUUAGGGACCUGUUUUUACACCUCUUUUACACCAUAUUAAUUCAAGAAAUUAUUCAGAAAUCUACUGACUUUCCUCAAAUAGAUGCUGUGUUAUUUGCUUAAAAAGAUUUAGAAAAUAAACUUUGUGGAAAUUGAAAAUGUGAUUUUGAAUAACAUAUAUGCCGCUUGUGUAAACAGGCAAAAGUUUGCUUGUAACACUUAUUUUCAUACUUAUUCCUGUAGUGAUUUUUAUUUUUCUGGGAGAUUCUGCCAAUCACAAAGUUAAGGUUCAAUGACCUGUAGGAAGAUACUGAUUACAUUGUCUUUGUAUUGCAUGAUAAUUUGCUUUUUUUCAUGUACUUUUUUCAAGUGCUGAUCAUUAAAUUUGUAUUUUCUAGAACUGUA